AUGAGCCAGUUGCUGUCUUUCCGCGCGCUUAUCGGCCUGUCACUUGCCGUGGCCAUGUUCGCCUUCCUCGGCACCUCCCCCCUCAAGGCCUUCACAUCCACUCUGCAGCGAGCUGGCCUGGAUUGGUUCUCAACCCAGCAAAGUACCAGUGCUGCCAGUGCCAGUGCGUCUACAUCACCAAAGAUGUCGAUGACAUCAAAGACGCCCGUUUACUUCUUUAGCCAUGGCGGGCCCGAUGUUCAGUACCAAACCAAGCAUCCUGUGUACCCGAUUCUCCAGCAGAUCGGCAGGGAGAUUACACAGCAGGUCAAGCCAAAGGCUGUUGUUGUGUUUUCAGCCCAUUGGAUGGGUGAAGAGGGUGCUAUCCAUGUUAAUAAGGAGGAGCACACUGACCUGAUCUAUGAUUUCUAUGGUUUCCCAGACCAUUUUUAUAAGGCGAAAUAUCCUAAUAAGGGAGACCCCGAGCUUGCGGGUAAGAUCAUGGUUAUGCUUUCUGAAGCAGGUAUCCAGUCAUAUGGAGUCAAGCGCGGUCUUGACCACGGCGUCUGGUCCGGCUUCCACGUUGCAUUUAACCCAGAAACAAACCCUCUGAAUGUCCCUCUGGUGCAGGUUUCGCUCUACAAGAACGAGGACCCCCAUGCUCAUUAUGCUCUGGGUCGCGCCGUCGCGUCGCUGCGAGAGCAAGGUAUUGUCAUCAUCGGAGCUGGCAUGUCGGUCCACAACCUCCGCGACAUGCAUUACAUGUAUGAGGGAAACAACAAGCCCAUGCCGUACACGGUGAGCUUCGACAACGCGCUGAAGGAGGCCGUCGAGGUUGACCCGGCGCUGCGGGAGGAUAAGAUGGCCGCCGUGACCAAGCGCGGCGACGCCCACCAAGCGCAUCCAUUCAUGGACCACCUGAUGCCCGUGUAUAUCGCUGCGGGAGCCGCGGGAGAGGACUGGGGAAAGCAGACUUGGACGUUGCACGAGGGUAGCUUCGGAUGGGCGCAAUAUAGGUUCGGCGACGUUCCUGAGGUCUCUUCCGCUCCGAAGUUGUGA